CGGUAAAAACAAUCAUGUUUUGACAACUGCAUUUAAUGUUAGAAUUUUAAUUUUAUUUUAUUUUCUAGUCAGCAAAAAUCAUCAACAACUAAAUUGUGAUGGAGUUACCGGUUAAAAUAUGGGGACCAUUUCGAGGCAUCAGCUUCGUCUUUCUCAUUAUGUUUUCAACGUACUUUGGGACGAUCUUCCUGAUAACACCCUUUCUUCCACUGUUUUUUGUGUCGCCAAGGGUUGGAAGAACUGCUACUGUCUUGUUGAUAUGGUUUUGGAAAGUGUAUUGUGUUGCAGUAUAUGAAGUGCUGUUUCAGACAAAAGUGAAGGUGUAUGGGGAUGUUCCCAGUGACAAGGAUGCAACUUUGAUGAUUAUGAAUCACAGAACACGUCUUGAUUGGCUCUACUUAUUCUCAUUCCAAGUGCGACAUGCAUCAUUAAAACAUUACACAAUCAGUUUGAAGAAUGUGUUGAAAUCUUUACCAGGCAUAGGAUGGGCAAUGCAGAUAGCAGGAUUUAUUUUCCUGGACAGAAAAUGGGAAGAGGAUGAGGCAAACAUAUCCAAGUGUCUGCGAGUUUUCCGGGAAGUUCAGUUUAAACAACAGAUUCUGCUGUUCCCAGAGGGCACUGAUCUGACAGCCAACACAAAACAGCGGAGUGACAUAUAUGCGGAGAAAAACAACCUCCCAAAAUACAACUAUGUGCUCCAUCCUCGAACAACUGGGUUCAACCAUUUUGUCCAGGAAAUGAAGAAAGAUGGGCUUCUGGACCACUUAUUGGACAUCACGAUAGCCUACCCCCGUGGAAUUCCACAGAGUGAGUUGGACAUAUUCAAGGGCAACUUUCCAGAAGAGAUCCAUUUCCAUGUGAAAACUUUCCCCAACUCCCAAAUACCAUCGCAGGUGGAUGACCUCCACAACUGGUGUAAAGAUCGAUGGAGCAAGAAAGAAAAAGUUUUGCAAGAUUUUUAUGAGAAAAAAGCAUUUCCCAAAUCAGAGAAAGAGUUGUUAACUAACAACAGUUUGAUAGGGUCUCUAUUUCUAUGUAGCUGGAUUUCAUGGACACUCACGGAAUUGAUCAUUGUAUAUUUAUUAUGGUUGUAUCCAAUUCUCUGGCUUUAUGUUGUAGCUUGUACAAUGUUCUAUGUGUAUGUUACUAAAUACACUAAAGGAUUCAAUAUUCUUAUUGCUGAUGCAUUUAAAGUUUAAUAACCAUGUUGUAAAAAAUCAGGGUUACGGUCAAGUUGAAUGAACUUAAUACUCUCAACAUGAUUUGAGCUAUUAAAUCCAAUUUUACAUCUUGACUUAAAAACAAAAGUUUUGCAAUACAGCCGUCAAUAUCAGUAUUUAUUUUCAGCAUCAUUUUACAUAUAUAUUUUCUGUUAUUAAUUGGAUGAUGAGUUUGCAUCAUUCUUUUCAGUAAAAGGCUUUGUCAUAUUUUAGAAUUACAGCGUUUAUGUCCAUAGAAGAAUUUAGUUAAAAAACGUUAGUAUUGAUAGAAUUCGGGAACAAGGCUUGUCAAGGGUUGUUGUGGCUUUUGACUUUGGUCGUUUGUUUAUAAAAGUACUUUAAUAUUGUAGAUUUUGAUCUCAUUAGAAUACAAUUUAGUCCUGAUUUUGUGUUACAUUAUAAUAACAAUCUUAAGAAAAUAUAAGGUGUUUCUUUAAUUCUUUUGGCAGAUUAUUAUUUUUUCGAUUCAUAUAAUUCUUUAGGCAAUGCCUAAGUGUUUAAGACAAGAAGAAUUAUCAAAAAACUUCAUUUUUCUUGAAGCUGUAAGUAUUUGAAACAAAUAUCGAGUGUAUUUAUUUGCAUGUAAGGAAGCUAGACAUGUUAGAUUUUAAAAAGUAAGUAUUGUCAACUUUCUUCCACGGCAUCGCCUUAUCAUUUAAAAUAUAAAACUGUUCAAGAGGUGCAAUUGAAACUUAGAACUCAGGAUGCCAGAGAUCUUAUGAAGAUUUUUAGCAAGGCACAUCACUCUGACUUAUGUAAUUUUGAGUUAUGUCCCUGGAAAACUGACAAGUAAUGGUGUCCACUCCACGCUGCUCUUCUUAAAUGAAAAUGGGGAUUAUAUUUUCAUAAAAACAUUCUUUUCCUUCAUAAUAAACAAACUCCAAAUAGCUUUAUAUUAUACAAUUGUAUAGAUUUUAUCUAACUUGGUGCUUCAUAGUAUAUUUUUCGUGAGGAAGCAUAGUAUAUCAUUAAAAAACACCAAUAUUUUGUACGGUUGCUUGUACUACAGUUUAUACCAGAGUAUCUCCCUUUUUCUACAUACAUGUAUUUUUCAGAACCGUGACUAUUAACUAUACAUGUUCUGAGUAUCUUUUGUUACAUUCCAUUUUCUUGUGAAGAAAAUGUCUUUGGCUUACAUGUACAUGUCUUGUCAAUAAAUCUAAAUGGUUUUAAUUAAGAUAAAAGCUAACUUAAUAUAUCUAACACAUUUUGAACUUUGUUUGAGUAUAAAAUACUGAUGUUUUAUAUACUUAACAUUAUGUUAUUGCUAUAAACAGCUAACUGUAUUUUGAUAAUAAUUUAAAAUUGACAGUUUUAUAUGUUUUUAUAGAUGGAAUUGUUAGUUUAAGAGUUCAGGCUGGAAAUAAGUUUUAUUUAAUGUAAUGGCUGUCUAACUUUUAAGUAUAAGGCCUGGCCAUUUAAAUUUGUGUACAUAAAAAUAUAUGGUUUUGAUGUUCCUUGAAUGUGAUGGAAAGUUUCCUUUUCAAUAUGAAGCUGUUUAGAGACAUAUUUAUCUUACGGUGGUUUUUAUCCCUAUGUUUUGUUAUUAUUUAUUUUCAAUUAAUAUUUUUAUGGAUAUAGAUGUACACAAUAUUUGACAAUGUGUUACAAAACCGUUGUCACAAAACUCCAUCCAUUUCCUUUUUUGUUGUAAGUAUGACCUUUCUACCUCCAGAUUACCCCCCGCACCCUAAACAGCUUUUAUAUCUUGCCCUUUGUUUGUAUUACCCUUCUACCUCUGUUCUGUUUGAAGGAGAUAUUUUUUUGUUCAGCUUCUUUUUUUUUUGGUUUUACUCAGUUUCUCAUUCCUGCCUACUUCCAACCAUUUGAAGAUCUUUUAGCCUUUUCUUCACAAAGAGUGGAAACAAACUGGGAAAUUUGUUCUGGAAUAUAAAUGUACCUCAUGCAUUUUUAUUCAAAAAUGACCCCCCCCCCCCCCCCCACACACACACUCAAUUUAAUAACAAAUAUCCUAAUGAGAAUCCAGAAAUUGUUUUUCUCUGGUGUUAUACAGUUACUCUGUAUUUGAUAUCGUUAUAAACUUUAUUUGUACAUGUAUAUACAUACCAAAGGUAGUACCGGUAUGUAAUGUAUACACAAACUCAUUCGUCAACCUAAACAUUGACAAGUAGGUAAUGUACUGUAUCAUAGUGAAAUUUGAAACAUUUAACGACAUGCUUUAGAUAUUGUAUGGCAUGUACAUGUAUCUGUGACUAAGCAACAUUUCAUAAUCCAUCAAAAUGACAUUUAAUCAUGUAUUUUUAUUAUUCAAUAUUUUUAAUAUAUACUAUUAAAAAUGAAUAUUUUCAGAUUUUUACAGUUGUCAUAAUUUGCUUUUCAUAUGCUACACAGUAGAUGUAAUAUAGGUUCAGAACUUUGUUAAAGUUAACAGCAUUGUUAACAUCAUCGUUGUUAACUUUCAAAUCGUUACGGCUCUGGAUGUUUAAUAGAUACAGCUAUGAUCUGCUAUAUUUCUAACAAGAUGUGAAACAGCUGUUUCAGCUCUACUUGUUUAUAUUUAAAUAUGUGAGCACAUCAUCAAACAAUUAUGUUUAACAGUUAACAACAGUCACUUCUUUAACAAAGUUCUGAACAUUUGGCCCAAUGCCAAUAUACAUCUAUAUCAUAUUGUAAUGGUAUGUAUUGCCUUUACUGUCUACCAAAAUACAGGUAAAUUCAUAUGUUCUUACCUUUUUUCUACAAGGGCCAUUCCAUGUAAACAUAUAACCCCUGGGGGGGGGAGACACUUUAAAAAUAUACCACCCCCUACAGAAGCAAAUUUACUCUUUCAGGGUCCAGAUUAGAGAAAAAAGACACCCACCCAUAUACUCUUUAAAUAAUUGCCUUCCCCCCUUGGGUUAUAUGUUUUACUGGAAUAGCCCUAACAAUUUCCUUAUACAACAAUCAUGUAUGUAUAUAGUGUGUAACAUUUUAACAUUGCUUUAGUCCAGAUUAAUUAUAUAAUUUUCAAAUAUUUUAAGUAAAACUAUUUUUGUAGAACUAAAUCCCCAACACAAUGUAUUUUGUAUUUUUGAUAUUGGUGCUUGAAUCAUGAUCCAUAUUUUAAUACUAAACAUUUAGAAAUAUUAAGGCUGAUUUGUGAUCAAAAUAUACAAUAUAAAUUCGGGGCGCGUGAUUCCGGGCCUUUCCUAUUUUUAUCACCGUCCUAUUUUUUUCAGGGACCUUGAGAGUUGUCAUUUAAAAGUAUAUUGCUAGAUAUCAGUAAAUCUACUAUCAAAUUUGAUAAAACAGUCAAACAAACAUUUCAAACUGGUUUUGAAGAAGUGUUUGAAGUAACCAUGACAUGUUGACAUUCCCAGUACUGCCUGUUGUUGGCUGAUAGGCAGUUAGUAUUAAGCUAUUUUGAUACAUGCUAUUUUUGCAUUUAUUAUUUACUGCCUAUUGAUCUCUUAAUUAGUCCCCUAAUCCCUUUAGAAGGCAAUCAUGUAUUUGAAGCGAAGUAAACAUCACUUCUUUUAUAUUCCUCAAAACCUCGAGAUGCUUAUUCCAUUUGCAAAUGAUAGUAUUGUCAUAAUAUGUUAAAGCAUAAAGCAUAUUUUUGAGGUAAUGUUUUAAGUUGAUCAAUAUAAAUGUACCAGAAAUGAAACAAAAAGUCACUGCAUUUACCCUCAUAUUUGGGUACAAGAAUAUUUUUGUUUGAAAUGACUUAUUAAAUACGGUUCUCUUUUUGAUAGGGGGUUUAUACACGUUGCCAAUUUUGUUGUCUAAAUUUCUACAAUGUAGAAUAAGAAACUGGUUAAUUCUUGGGUUUGGGGUAAGUUAGCUAAACUGGUUAUUGAUUGGUCAAUGUUUAUCCAAUAAUUUUAAUGUGCAAACUAGCCUAAAGAUAACUUUUAGACAACCUUCAAAGUUCUUUUCAAGGGGCUGCUGAUGUUUCAGUCUCCCCUUUCUGCCUCCCCUUCCUGCCUCCCUAUUGGUUGAAGUAUUAUGAAAUAGCAAGUGCUAUUUUUGAUAGAAGUGAUACAACCAACUUACAUACGGUUAUACUUCUAUCAAUUUAAAAGUUUGGUUUUUAUCUAACUUGCAUUGUUACACAAUUAUGAAUUAAUACUAGACCUAUGUCACUUUUGUUUUCUCCUCAUUUGCACUGAAUCAUGUGUUAAAAUACUAGAAAUUUGCAGUUAGUUUCAAACGAUUGUGACCAAGGUCGAUUCUAGUUGUAAUAUUUACAUUCACCUAACUUAGCAUUACAAUCUUUUUUCUAUCAUUGUAUGGCAAUAUAUGUAGUUUGAUAGAUUGUAAUUAUAACAUAACAACCCAUGCAAGUGUUCAAUUCCAAAUAUUUAUCAACAAUAUGUAACCAUUAUUAAUAUUAUUAUUAUAAUUAACUGAUUAUGUAGUAAGACGUUUAUAUUUAUAUAUCUUACUUUGAUAUUUAUUAUAUCAUAAUUAUUUCUGUGAUUACCAAGUCCCCUGUUUUCAUAUUAUUCUUUUAAGUGAUUACCAUUCCCCUGUUUUCAUAUUAUUUCAGUGAUUACCAUCCCCCUGUUUUCAUAUUAUUUCAGUGAUUACCAUCCCCCUGUUUUCAUAUUAUUUCAGUGAUUACCAUCCCCCUGUUUUCAUAUUAUUUCAGUGAUUAUCAUCCCCCUAUUUUCAUAUUAUUUCAGUGAUUACCAUCCCCCUGUUUUCAUAUUAUUUCCAUGAUAACCGUCACCCUGUGUAUAUAUUAUUUCAGUGAUUACCAUCCCCCUGUUUUUAUAUUUUUUUCAGUGAUUAUCAUCCCCCUGUUUUCGUAUUAUUUCGGUGAUUAUCAUCCCCCUGUUUUCAUAUUAUUUCAGUAAUAACCAUCCCCCUGUUUACAUAUUAUUUCAGUGAUUAUCAUCCCCCUGUUUUUCCAUUGGUUUUAAAAUUGUGGUGGGAUAGACUUUGGAAAAAUAGUUUUUUUGUUACUUUAGAUUAUUCCGAUUAAAUUCAGCAAGGGUUUUAAAUUGCAAUUUUUCCAAAGUCUAUCAAACCACAAUUUUAAAACCAAGUUAAAUAUCAAUUGACUGUUGUUGUGUUUUUUUCUAUUUAUUAAAAAGAUACUUUGUGAAAUGUGACGAAAUUGGUCAAAAUGAAGAAAUCACCAUCUUAGAGCCUCACAAAAUUAAUUGAUCUUCUUGUACAUUAUGUUUUAUUAUACCUCACUUACCGGUAUAUUCUCUAUGUUAAAUUCCCUAUACCAGAGUGGUCAAUAUUUUUUAAUAUUGCCCGGUAAUGUUAACUGGCAAAGUAAUAUCACAUGCGCAGAAAAGAUGCGCAUGCACUUUAGAAUUUUUAAUGGCCACAUUAAUAAUAAGAGCUGAUGCCCACACAAUAAAUAAAAUUGCAUAACAAAACUGUUCAAGUUAUCGACUGCGAUAUGAAAAUAAGAAAUACUAUUUUUGUCAGGACAUCAGAGGCAGUGGAAACUGAAUUCUUAACCUUUUGCCUCUCAUAUGGAAAUACAUUAGUUGAGUCUAUAAAGAUUCCAAGAGUACAAAAAGGUCUAAAAAUAGGCAUUUUUUGGAUUCCCAAGGUUGAGGUGGUAAGCGCUUAUUAAAAUGUGUCGUUAAUCUGGUUACAACCGGUGUUUGCAUUAUUUCUAAACGUCAUUUGCAACAAAAUUACAGCUAAUAAUGUAAACAAACAAUAAUUACAGAAUAAAUUGAUGAAAUUUGAAACUUGUGAAUGGUAAAAAUCUUAUAUAUGUAUAUAAAUGUAUCUGUGUUUGGUAUAAUAAAAUAAAUAUUGCAUGGCUUCCAGCGUGACAGAACAUAUUGUCAACAUUCAGGUAAAUACUGUUACCCUAGGCUUCGCCUCGGGUAACAGUAUUUCCCUCAUGUUGACAAUAUGUACUGUCACACUGGAAGCCAUGCAAUAUUUAUAUAUGAACACACAGAUUGAUAAUAUAUCAUUUGUAAGCUAAGCUUUUGUCAAUAAAAGACUAAUUGUUUUCAAAGAGUUAACAUGUUAGAUUUCAAGAUAAUGAAGAGAAAAUAAUUAAUAGAACCUGUAUGUUAUUACAAACAAAAUAUUGUUAGAACUAUUGUUUUCGAAGAAAAAUGUCAAGGACUUUCAUAGUUUGUUGUUCUGCAAAAAAAUUAACCGUGACAAUUAUGAAAAGAACAUUCAAGAUAUUUAAAUGAAACUUUGUACAUAUGUUGCCACAGACAAUAAGCACAUGUAUAGUAAGACCUUAAAUGAUGGUUGAGUUAUGCUCUUUUCAACUUUAAAAUGGCAUUUUCUCUGCAGCACUAUUGUUAACAUUGUUUUUGAUCAUUUGCUUGUGUGACUUUUAUGUUUAUUUAUCUAGAAUAAUGCUCAUGUAGUUUAUCUUUUAUUAUCCCUGCACAACUUUCAUCAAGCUUCAAUUGUAUUCCCCAUUCUAUUGGCUAGUGAAUAUACUUUUACAAUAUUUUAUUACAAGCUGUUGUGAUUGUUAGUCAUAUUUUAGUAUUAAAUGUGAACAAAUGGA